ACAAAGAAAGACUCUUGCUUCGUUUCUACGUUGAAAUGUAGAAAGCCAACAUAUCGUGUCAAAGUAUCUAUAUAGGUUGAAAGUCAACUCAUAUCUGCUCUAUGAGGAGAUUAAUGGCCUUCCUGUCUGCCGGAGCUCAGAGAGCUUCAGCUUCUUCAUCCAUGGCUCUGCAAGUGCUUCUCGUCGUCCUCCUCCUUGGUCUCUUCCCCGUUACAACGCUUUCUGUGGAUAACCCCACAUUCGUUCGCUGUGCGACUGACUCAAACUACACAACCCCAAGCCCUUUCGCCACCAACCUCGCCCUCCUCCUCUCCAACCUCACUGCCACCGCCUCCAACUCCGCCACCCUCUUCUCUAACUCCUCCGUUGGCUCCGCCUACGGUCUUGCUCAAUGCCGUCCUGAUGCCUCCUCCUCCGACUGCGCCUCCUGCCUCAACCGCUCCGCCACCGCCUUCUCCACCUACUGCCCCUUUGCCAGCUACGCCACCAUCCGCUUCGACCUUUGCCUCCUCCGCUACUCCAGCAGUAACUUCUUCUCCCAGCUCGACGACAGCAACCCCGUGGGACUAGUAAAUCCCGUCAACGCCUCCGACCCCACAGUCUUCAACCGACGUUUAGACGAUCUAAUGGACGAGAUCUUGCCGGCGGCGUCCCAGUCGUCGUCGAGGUUCAGUGUAGGCACGACCAAUUUCUCGGACUUUGGAGAUAUAUACGCAAUGCUACAGUGUACUCACGACCUGUCCACUAGUGAUUGUGGGCAGUGCUUGGAACAAGUGGUCUUGUAUAUCCCGAGCUAUUGUUCUGGAAAAAUCGGGUGCCAGGUCUUCACUGUCAGUUGCACCGCCAGGUACGAGACCUCGCCUUUCUUCCCUUCUUCUCUGUUGUCGGCUCCGCCCCCGCCCCCUUCCCCGCCACCUCCUGCAAACGGUGGUACUCAGAGCGCUGAAAGUGGUGGAAAUGGCAGCAAUACCACAACCAUAGUUCUUGCUACUGUCAUUCCUUUAGUUGCUUUAAUUCUUUUCUCCUUUGCUCUUUUCAAAUUUUUGCGGAGGAGGAAACCAGUUAGGAAAGCACAUACUAGAGGAGGAGUCCGAGGAGGAGAAGAAAAAGAAGUUAGGAGUGCGGAGUCUCUAUUGUUUGAUUUGAGUACCAUCAGAGAAGCUACAGAUGACUUUUCUGAUGACAAUAAGCUCGGAGAAGGUGGAUUUGGACCCGUUUACAAGGGGAUGCUGAGGGAUGGGCAGGAAAUAGCUGUGAAACGACUAGCGAGGACAUCAACUCAAGGAUUUGUGGAAUUAAAGAACGAGGUCCUUUUGGUUGCUAAGCUUCAGCACAAAAACCUUGUAAGGUUGUUGGGUUGUUGCCUGGAAGAAGGGGAGAAGCUUCUUGUCUAUGAGUACCUCCGAAAUGCAAGCCUGGACAAAUUUUUAUUUGAUCCCACAAAGCGUGGGCAACUAGAUUGGACAAGGCGAUACAAGAUCAUCGAAGGCAUAGGCCGAGGGCUUCUUUAUCUGCAUGAAGAUUCACGCCUUAGAAUUAUUCAUCGAGACUUGAAAGCCAGUAACAUCUUGUUGGAUGAGGACAUGACCCCUAAAAUUUCAGACUUUGGCUUUGCAAAGCUUUUUGGUAUAGAUGAAACGCAAGGAAAUACUAGUCGAAUUGCUGGGACAUAUGGAUACAUGGCACCAGAAUAUGCAAUGCAUGGACUAUUCUCAGUUAAAUCGGAUGUUUACAGUUAUGGUGUGAUGGUAUUGGAGAUUGUGACCGGUCGAAAGAACAGUGUCUUUCAGGAAUCUGGGAGUGCUCCUGACCUUAUAACCACUGUAUGGCGACGUUGGAAUGAAGGAAAGGGAUUAGAGUUGAUAGACCCCAGUCUAGUUGAUAAAAUCAGGGCCGAGGAAGUUCUGAGAUGCAUCCACAUUGGAUUGCUUUGCAUCCAGGAAGAACCUACAGAGAGGCCUACCAUGGCAUCAGUGGUCCUCAUGCUCAGAACUUACUCUCUUUCUCUUCCAAGACCUUCUACGCCUGCUUUCUUCAUGCAAAGUUACACUACUAGUGAGUCAAAUAAGCUGUCAAGAGAAGCAGAUCCCAUUUUUCUCGAAAAUGAACAUGCUAAUGAAGAACGCAACCGUCCAAGGUUAAUCUCUUCAAAUGAUCUCUCAAUUUCUGAAAUGGAAGCGCGAUAGAUGUGGAGAAUUAUUAUCGAAGGUUAUAACACUAUAGAUUAGUUGAGUAUGAUGAUUUUACAGGCAAAAAUUUCAAUUACUAUGACCAACGACUAAACUGUAUUUUGUUGAACUCAGUACGCCAUGUGGCAGAUGUUUCAGUUGAUUGAAAAUUUGUGUAUGCUUUU